AUGCGCAGUGGGGCAACGGUUAGCUCCCCGCUCCCGAGCGUGCGCAGUGCGACCCUUCUUUCGGGCUCGCGACCCGACUCCGCGCGUGCGCAGUGCGGGCCCGCUUCCGAGCAGGCGCAGAGCGGCGCGCCCGACUCCGCGGCCGUUUCUGCGCGUGCGCAGUGGGGCGCCAGCCCGCCCCCCGCUCGCUCCUUCGGGCCCGCUUCUGCGCGUGCGCAGGACGGCACCUCCUACGAGCUCCUGACCAACUCCGCGCGUGCGCAGUGCGGACCCUUCCACGGGGCUUGCUUUCGAGCAGGCGAAGGCGGCUCCGCGCGUGCGCAGGGGGGCGCCAGUCUGCGCCCCGCUCCCGAGCCGUGCGCGGCGCGGCCCCCUCCACGGGGCUCGCAUGCGAGCCGGCGCAGAGCACCUCGCCCGCUUCUGCGCGUGCGCAGUUCGGCCCCUCCUUCGGGCUCACGACAUGCGCGGCGCGGCCCCGUCCACGGGGCCCGCUUCUGUGCGUGUGCAGUGGGACGCCGGUACGUGCCCACGGCGGCCAAUCCUUCGGGCCUGCGACUGACUCCGCGCGUGCGCAGUGCGACCCCUCCUUCGGGCUCAAGACCGAUUCGGCGCGUGCGCCGGGCGGCCCCUCCUUCGGGCUCAGGACCGACUCCGCGCGGGCGCAGUGCGGCCCCCUCCACGGGGCUUGCUUCCGAACGUGGGCAGUGCCGCCUUUUCUUCGGGCUCGCGACAAGCUCCGCGCGUGCGCGGUGCGGCCCCCUCCAUGGGGCUCGCUUCCGAGUCGGCGCAGAGCAGCGCGCCCGUUCCCGCGCGUGCGCAGUGCGGCCCCUCCUCCGGGCCUGCGACCGACUCCGCGGGCGCACAGUGCGGCCCCCUCCACGGGGCUCCUCUCCGAGCAGGCGCAGAACAGCGCUCCCGUUUCCGCGCGUGCGCAGUGCGACCCCUCCACCGGGCCUGCGCCCGAUCCCGCGCUUGCGCAGUGCGGCCCCUCCUCCGGGCUCGCGACCGACUCCGCGCGUGCGCAGUGCGGCCCCCUCCACGGGGCUCGCUUCCGAGCAGGCGCAGAGCAGCGCACCCGUUUCCGCGCGUGCGCAGGGCGGCCCCUCCUCUGGGCUCGCGGCCGACUCCGCGCGUGCGCAGUGCGGCUCCCUCCACGGGGGCCCGCUUCUGCGCAUGCGCAGUGGGACGCCGGUCAGCGUGCCCAGGGCGGCCCCUCCUUUGGACCUGCGACCGAUUCCGCGCGUGCGCAGUGCGACCUCUCCUUCGGUCCGGCGACCGACUCCGCGCGUGCGCAGUGCCGCCCCCUCCACGGGGCUCGCCUCCGAGCCGGCGCAGAGCGGCCCUCCCGUUCCCGCGCGUGCGCAGUGCGGCCCCUCCUCCGGGCUUGCGACCGACUCCGCGCGUGCGCAGUUCGGCCCCCUCCACGGGGCUGGCCUCCGAACCGGCGUAGAGCAGGGCGCCCGUUUCCGCGCAUGCGCAGUGUGGGGACGCCGGUCCGCGUCCCACUCCCGAGCGUGCCGAAGGCGGCCCCUCCUUCGGGCCUGCGCCCGACUCCGCGCGUGCGCAGUGCCGCCCCCUCCACGGGACUCGCUUCCGAGUCGGCGCAGAGUUCCGCGCGUGCGCAGUGCGGCCCCUCCUCCGGGCUCGCGACCGACUCCGCGCGUGCGCAGUGCGGCCCCCUCCACGGGGCCCGCUUCUGCGCGUGCGCAGUGGGGCGCAUAUGCCCCGCUCCCGAGCGUGCGCAGGGCGACCCCUCCUGCGAGCCUGCGACCGACUCCGCGCGUGCGCAGGGCGACCCAUCCUCCGGGCCUGCGACCGACUCCGCGCGUGCGCAGUGCCGCCCCCUCCACGGGGCUCGCCUCCGAGCCGGCGCAGAGCGGCCCUCCCGUUCCCGCGCGUGCGCAGUGCGGCCCCUCCUCCGGGCCCGCGCCCGACUCCGGUGCGCGGUGCGGCCCCCCCCCCCCCCACGGUUCUCGCCUCCGAGCCGGCGCAGAUCAGCGCCCCCGCUUCUGCGCGUGCCCAGUCCGCGCCCCGCUCCCGAGCGUGCCCAGGGCGGCCCCUCCUUCGAGCCUGCGACCGACUCCGCGCGUGCGCAGUGCCGCCCCCUCCACGGGGCUCGCCUCCGAGCCGGCGCAGAGCGGCCUUCCCGUUCCCGCGCGUGCGCAGUGCGGCCCUCCUCCAGUCCCGCGACCGACUCCGCGCGUGCGCGGUGCCGCCCCCUCCACGGUCCUCGCCUCCGAGCAGGCGCAGAGCGGCCCUCCCGUUCCCGCGCGUGCGCAGUACUGCCCCUCCUCCGGGCCUGCGCCCGACUCCGCGCGUGCGUGGUGCGGCCCCCUCCGAGCCGGCGGCCCGUUUCCGCGCAUGCGCAAGUAG